CGACCCCUUACCUAGUGACUGCCUCACCUGCAUCGUCGUCUGCCAAAAUGUACACCCGUAUACUCUCAUCUUCACACUUAACAAAGCCAACUCGUCUACUUCCAUCUCUUCAUCGAAGCCAUCUUUACCCUUACCCUCAAUCUCGUGCAUUAGCAGCAUUACACGCAACCGCAGUUGCAUACCGCGCUGAAAAGCCAAAAGGCCAAGCACCACCUGCGUCGCGCGAUCCGAAGGAAGAUACACUACUCGAUCAGAACCCACACUUGAAACAUGCGGUGACGAGUCAAGGUGGUUUAGAAGGACGAGAUGUAGGGAAGGGAAACGCUGAUCCGGAGAGGCCGGCGUUGCCUUCGCAUAAGGUUUCUGGGAAGAAGGUGAAGAAAGAGGAAGAGAAACUUGCGAAAGGGAAAGCGAAGGGGAAGGGAAAGAGGGGGUUGCAUACGAGUGCUGUUUGGAGUGCGGAUACGAAAGGCAAAGAGGGAGAGGCGAAACAUACGGCGGACUCGUAUUUCAAAGACGUGGAUCAAAGUCCUCCUCCGUCGAAUAAAACCUUUGUGGUCGAUGGAUCAGCAGAUGCUGCGUCUUCGUCGAGUGGCGACGACGAGGGAGAGUUUCGGCCUGCAACGCAUAGGCCACACGAACAAUAUGCAGACCCGAAGAAGGAAUAUGCUACUGUUAGCAAGGACGAACCGUAUGAGGCUCCCGUGGAGAUGAAUGGGCAGGAGAAGGGGGAGCAGAAAGAGCAGAAGCUGAGAUAUGGUGCGACGAAGAGAGAUGCGCUUAGGAAUGCUCCAAAGGGUGAGGAGGGACCUCAGGACAAGCAUGCUGGUGGGGUGAAGCCUGAGAGAAGUUCAUAAGAUGAAGAGAAUGAUGGCCCUCGAAUUUUGUCAUUCGCCUUCAAGUGUUUGCGUGUGUAAAAUAGAACAGCUGGCGUCCGGAAUCAAGUUGUGAUAAUACUUAUUUUAAAAAUGUCGCAUCAACCGAAAUGGACUGAUAUUAUUCUCAAGUCAGUAUUAUGCUAACUUACAGAUAUAGAUAGUAUUAUGCUUUGUUUAGCUACCUGGUACCUGACUAUAUGCUGACAUUUA